AUGGACAGAGACGCCAUCAUCGGCAUAGCAGGCCGUGGCGUGGCGGCAUGGGAGGCUAAGGUCGGCUGGGAGAGCCCCUCGGUCAGCCACGUCCUGGUCGCCUCGGACGACACAAAGGUCGUGGUUCGCCUCCGCACGAGUGACAAUGGGGACGAUGGCAGCGCUGGACUGCUCCCGAUGGUGGCGAUGGAAGCUGGAAUGGCGACACGGCUUGGUGGUCAUGGUGCACUGGUCACCAUGUCUCCGAUAGUGCCGCGGGCACUUGACAAGGUCGUUGUGGCGGUUCCCGGCGGCGACGGCGAGCAAGUCGGUGGAGAUCUUGCGGAUGCCCUGCAUGCCAUCCGCAAUGGCAAAGGUGUGGUGGGCGUAGGCCUUGCCCCGGUCUUGCCACACGCUGCGGUGGUCAAGCAUGCAGAGCCUUAUGCGUAUGGCGUGAUCGGACCCGAGACCGAGAUUGUGGUCGUGGCCGGCAACUCGAGCGGGAGAGUCGAGUCCGCGGAGAGUGUUGAUAGAGCUGCCGAUGCUCCUCAUUCACCGCCGCUGCUGAUGUUGGGUGGCCAGGCGCCAGCUGCACGCGGCGCGAUGCUUGCUACUGCCACCAUCAUGGACGGCGCGAUGCGACCGCGUAUCACGAAUAACCGCGACGAGGCGGACACCGCGCUCCACGCGGUCGUCUCUUUCGACUUGCUCCGCAAGCUCCGCUUGCCGGGCGGAAGCGUGGUGCGGAUCCGAUCGAGCUCCAAGGGCGCAGCAUCCCGACUGGCUCGGGUGUUUGGUGGUGCUGGUGUGAGUGCCGACGCGGUUGCGCUCGCGCCGCUACUUGCGUUCAAUGCGGGCCUGGCUCGUGGCCGUGCUGUGCUCGGCACUGUGGCCGAGGCUUUGCCUGAGUACGCGAGCGAAGCCGUUAUUGCGCGUGUUAUCUCGCCGGACUCGUCAGGCAGUGCCGACUAUAGUGCUGCGCUCCACGCGCACUUUACCGUUCCGCGGACGGUGGCGGUCGGCGACGUGUUUGCCCUGCCUCUUGCGCCUCACGCCGACGCUGCGGCGUGGUUUCGGGUCACUUCGCUCGAUGGAGUGACGGCCAAGAGUCGUAGCGUCUCGGCGCUGCGUCGGAUCAGCGUCGGCGUGACGGUCCUAGUCCAAGAGGGUUCGGUGCGGGCGCGGGUGCCUCACAGCUGGCCGCGUUGGCUGGCACGCCUGCCACCACCGGCGUCUGCUGUCAUUGCCCGCGCUCGCUCCGAGUUGUGCGGGAGAGUUGCUGUCGCGGUGGGAGCGCCGACAGCGACGCUCCUGACCGGCCCAGAUGCUGCCGCCAAGGCCGCUGCUGUGGCAGCGGCGUGCGAGGCCGAAUCGCUGCAUGUUGUCAGCGUCGACGGUUUUGACGUCCUCGGGGCAAGCGACGCCAAGACCGAAGCCAAUCUGCGGAUAGCGCUUACAGGUGCGGUCGAACUGGGAGAGACAGGCUGUGUCUGGUUGAGCAACGUGCAAGCGCUGGCAGGCGCUACAGUUGUUGACGGGACCGAGGCUGUGUCGGAGACUGGCAUGCUCAACGCAAGCAGCGAAGCGUCUGGGGCGAGCGAGCCGUCGCUGGGUGCUGCUGGCUCUGAGAGCACGGGCGAUCCCGCAGCGGCAGCGUCUGUCGACCGGGUCAGCCUCGCGGUCGCCGAGCUCCUCGACGCUGUGGUGGCAAGCGGCGCAGCAGUGGUCGGCAGCGCGACAGCGUAUUCGGCGCUUCCGGCGCGGCUGCGGUCGAUCUUUGUGCACACCAUUCGGUUCGAGCCGCCGUCGAAAGCUGAGCGAAUCGCGCUUGUGCAAGGUGCACUAGCAGCGAGCGACGCGCCCGACGUGCUUGUUGGCGACCGGAGCCUGGCUACCGCACUGGCCGCGCAGAGCGCUGGUGCCUACUCGGAUGCGCUGCUCGGGGUGGUGGAGAUGGCCAAGGCGGGAGCGCUGGAGCGGAUGCUAGCUACAACCGAGGUCGGCGAGAGCCCGCCGCCGGUCUGCAUCGACCGGGCGAGCCUUGUGGCUGCGAUGGAGGCGCAUGUGGCCGCGGCUGGGGCUGCACUCGGCGUGCCAAAGGUGCCCAAUGUCAAGUGGGACGAUGUCGGUGGGCUGGAGGAGGCCAAGGCGCAGAUCCUGGACACCAUCUGGCUCCCGCUGCAGCACCCGGAGCUGUUUGGCGACGGAAUGCGGCAGCGGUCGGGUCUGCUCCUGUACGGCCCGCCUGGCGUGGGCAAGACGCUGCUUGCCAAGGCUGUGGCGACCGAGUGCGCGCUCAACUUUCUUUCGGUCAAGGGUCCCGAGCUGAUCAACAUGUACAUCGGCGAGUCUGAGAAGAACGUGCGGGAGCUGUUUGCGCGGGCGCGGGCGGCGUCACCGUGUGUCAUUUUCUUUGACGAGCUCGACGCGCUGGCGCCCAACCGCGGCCAGGGUGCCGACUCGGGCGGGGUCAUGGACCGCAUCGUCUCGCAGCUGCUGGCCGAGCUCGACUCGCUCCACUCAACCCGGUCUAUCUUUGUCAUCGGCGCCACCAACCGCCCGGACCUCAUCGACUCUGGCCUCAUGCGGCCGGGGCGAUUCGACAAGCUGGUGUACCUCGGCCUCUCGCGCGAUCCAGCAGCCAAGCACAAGGUUCUCUCCGCGCUCACCCGCAAGUUCACCUUUGGCGACGACGUCGAUCUGAACGCGCUCGUUGCCCUCAUUCCAGACACCUUUACCGGCGCCGACCUCUACGCGCUGACCUCGGACGCGCUACUGGCGGCGAUGAAGGACGUAAUCGCUGCCGCCGAGGCCAACUCCAGCGGCGCUGAUCUCGCAGACGCCAGCGGCGUCGUCGUCUGCCAAGCGCACCUGACCUCGGCCCUUGCGGCGCUCACCCCCUCGCUCACCGCCGCCGACGUUGCCAAGUACGAGGCGCUCCGCGACAAGUACGAGGCAAGGGUGUGACACCACGCCAGACAAGCUUGGCGAGAGCAAUACACAUCCUCCCUGCUUGGUAGGUGUGGCGUGUGUGGCUGUGGGUGCUGUGGCCGUGCGCAGGAUGUGCGGGAGUUGCGGUCCGUUGAAUUCCGCCGAAAAUAAACAAAAAACAUUCACGUG